UUAAUCUUUCUUACACAUAACCAAGUCCAAAUAAUCUGAGCCGCUAGAAAUGCAAGCUCUUAUUUUGAUGAUUUGUUUGAAUUGUGCAUGUGUUGUUAUAUUGUCGGGUGUUACAUUCGCACAGCAUCACCAGAAAGGAUGGAAGCUUAUUAUUUAUGAUUGGAGAACUGGUGGAUCCGCGCAGGCUGCUGCAGUGACUCUGAAUGUGGAGUACAUUAGCUUGAUAAUAUCUUAUGAACGAGUUGAAUUUAUACAAGAUCCCGGACGAGAGGAAUACAGAGUUCUAUUCUUAGCGAAAGAUCAUUACGGUCAACUGCAACAAUGCCAAGCAGAUGUAUUGUGGCAAUUCAUUCCAAGAUUUGAAAGAACAGUAUCGAAAGGAACAUGUCGACCAUACCAGGGUUCAAAUCGUGGUUAUUAGAUUUCAGACUGUCGAUGCCUCAAUGAAUACCUUUAAAGCGUCACAAAGUUAUUUUAGGAAAAUAAAUAAAAUAGAAUUCUUAU